GACCAUGGCCAAAUCUUUUGAGGUUACUGAGUUACCAGUUAGAUCAGCCAAGUUUAUUGCACGCAGACAAUGGGUUGUUGCCGGAGCUGAUGAUAUGUUUAUUCGUGUAUAUAAUUAUAACACGAUGGAUAAGGUCAAAGUAUUUGAAGCACAUACUGAUUACAACUGUUUUCUUCUUUUUCAGAUUUGGAAUCUUGGCUCACCUGACCCUAAUUUUACAUUGGAUGCGCAUCAGAAAGGAGUAAAUUGUGUUGAUUAUUUUACAGGUGGUGACAAACCAUAUCUAAUCACUGGUUCUGAUGAUCACACUGCCAAGGUAUGGGAUUAUCAGACCAAAGGUUGUGUCCAGACCCUAGAUGGUCACACACACAAUGUAUCUGCUGUAUGCUUCCAUCCUGAACUUCCUAUAAUCAUUACUGGUUCUGAAGAUGGUACAGUACGCAUAUGGCACUCCACAACUUAUAGGCUGGAAAACACAUUAAACUAUGGCCUUGAAAGAGUCUGGGCUAUUGGAUACUUGAAGGGUUCACGUCGAGUUGUGAUUGGCUAUGAUGAAGGAACAAUUAUGGUCAAACUUGGUCGAGAGGUACCUGUGGCUAGCAUGGACAACAGCAGAAAAAUUAUUUGGGCUAAGCAUAAUGAAAUUCAGACUGUCAAUAUAAAAGGUGUAGGAGCAGAUGUUGAGAUUGCUGACGGAGAAAGGUUACCUUUAGCUGUUAUGGAGUUGGGCACAUGUGAUCUCUAUCCCCAAAAAGUAGCAUUUGUUCAUGAUUUAGCAAAUUAG